AUGAUUCUAGAUGCCCAAUCUGCCUCCAGCGAGCCUCAAAACUACUCCCUCGAUGGGCCCGGCCCCGAACAACCCUCCCAAACCUCUGGCCCGACCAACGCACGCCCUCAGUUGGGUGCCUCCGUCCAUAUCAGGGAGACUUCGGUGACAAGAGGAAGAUCUCAACAAUCUACAACGCAGACAUAUGGCUCUAGUAACGUGUCUUCCUCGCGGACGGGCUCUACGCAACCGCACGGAACGGAGUCGAGUCUGAGCUCAAGAGGUGGUCCGGCCAUUGACACCGGCCUGCAGCGACGGACUUCGAGCAACUAUGGCCAUCAUCGACAGACCUCUGUCAUCCAUGGACUACAACAUUCGCGCGAUCCCAGCUUCAAUUCUCCCUCGACCGCGAGCCCACUCACUCCAGAGUCUCUGCUAAAUGCCACCAACUACGCGAGAUAUCCCUCCCAACCCACUCGCCGCGGCCAGUUUUCCACUUCCGAGAGCUCGUCCGCCUUCACGAGCCCAGUGGCUCCCUUUCAAGGCCAUGCGCAAGGGCAUUCGAUCGACUCACUGCUAGAUGGACCGGGAACUCCACAAGAAACUGGGCCGUCACAGCCUCGAAGACGAAAAGAGCAUUCGAGGACCAGGCGAGGCCAUGCAUACCAUCAGUCAAGCGUCCACCAGCAGGCAGAACCACGAACGCCGGGCGAAUAUGCUCUACAUCAUUUGUUUCAUGCAUUUGUGCUGCGUGCGGACCAGAGAAUCAACCACUGUCUAACCCUCCUCGACAGCUCGCCCGCACCGGUGGAGCAGGCUUGUGGCCCCGGAGCAGACCCUGGCUUUGAUCAAUUGAUAGCCUCCCUCGGCCAUAUCUCACGUCAAGGCCCAAAGCCCCUGGUGGACAGCUUAAUGCUCUGGCGGAAAGGCAAGGGGGAUGCCGCGGCGAUUCUGAAGAAACAAGUCUAUCAGCAGCGAUUGCAAGUCAGCGGGCCGAAUUUGUCGCUGCCGGCCUCUCUACCACGCCGUCAUACAGAACCUCUUCAAGCCCCAGGAGAAUCUGGAUUUCCUCAGGUCAAUGCGGACAACUCGUCUCCGGCAGAGGAUAGCCUCACACAAGAGUACUUGUUAGCAGAUCGAAGAGCAACCAUAUCCGUCUACAUUCUGUGUCGCGUCCUUAUUGCGAUCUUCGAACAAAGCAAUCUGGCCGCGAUAACUCCAGAUUUGGCCAAUAAACUCGAAGACAUCGUCUUCACUCAGAUCCGCGAGGUGGAACCUGCCCAAAUCCUGUCAUCCAGCAUUCGUCUCGCGAACUGGAGGAUUUACGGCGAGGUGCUAGGUCACAUGAGUCGUCUUGACUUUGCAAAUGUGGCCCAUCGCUUCACUCAACAGCUUGACACAUGGCAACAAGACUUUGCCAAAAGUUCUGGGACGACCGCCGCCAGAGACAUCGAAUCGCGACUUGAGCUGCUUAUUUUGGGUAUGCGCCAUUUGCACAUUACUGCCAGCAGAGAGGCUGCGUAUCCGGUGGCCGAGUUCCUCCGCACUCUUGCAGCCUUGUUCUCUGACGCACACGGACCUCGGGUCAAACAAGCAUAUUGUCAACUGUUCCAGCGCUUGCUUACUGCCGUAGCUAGCAAUCCCGAAUGUUUUCAAAGUGUUCCCAAAUGGAAGGACUUCAUCGAUGCCAUAAACUCUCGACUGGGUAAUAUGCUGAUCAAGGUCCGUCAUUGGCAUCUCGGGUUUCCAGUGUCAAUCCUGCUUCUUUGCAUAUCUCCCAUCGAAACCUUCUCACAACAGUGGUUUCCCAUGAUGUCUACACUGGCUGCGAAAUUGAAAGACAGAUCAACGCGCGGUAUAGCGUUGCAAGCCGUUUGUCAACUGCUCUGGACGUAUUUGGCACGCAUCAGCGAGUCUUCUCAGGUCAGACUUCGACGACUGGAAGAGAUCAUAAAGAUUGCUCUCCCCCAGGGCAGGAAAACGCACGUGGUUUCCGAGCCCUCUGUGUCCGUACCACUGGUGCAGCUUAUCAGGAUCAUCAGCUUUGCCGCUCAAGACCUGUGUUUCCGAUCCGUCAUCUUUCCCCUGGUCCAUUAUGACAUGUUCCAGUCCAGUCGAAAUCUGAAGAUCGAGAACAUGGAGCCUGAACGGAUGGUGAUUGGUAUCCGAGCCUUUCUGGCCAUCAUGGCGGAUUUGGAAAAGGAAGGCUUCAAAGGUCCUCCCUUCCCUGCCUUUAGCAUCCAGACGCAGAAUCUUGAAGGGCUACCAUCAUCACCGAUCAGCAUGAGAACCAGUCUGGGAAUUGACACUCCGUUAAGGAUGACCUUUGACGAUGAAAGUCCUUCAUCUCUACCUGUCAAUGCUUCCAAACUUGACGAAAAUGCACGACAAUACUACUUACAGUUCUGUCAGGUUCUAGGUAAGAUCACGAUACUGUGUGACAACACCUUCGGGGGCCAGGCGACGCUGAAUGAGAAGUUUUCUUCUACCACCACCCUGACCCCGAAAACGCCACUUGUCGAUGCAUUCAAUCUGACUCGAAAUCAAGAUGGGUCAGCGACCGAUCAGAGGAACUUGUAUUAUGAGCUCUUGCACGUUGCCAUCCAAGCUCUUCCGCGUUGCUUUACCGACCACAUCCCAUUGAGUCCUUUGAUCAACCUCUUAUGCACAGGUUCCGCUCAUGUGCAGCCCAGCAUCGCAGCUUCGGCCACACAGUCAUUGAAGGCAAUAGCGCGGCAGGGUCAUGCUCAAGCAGUUGCAAUCGCAUUCCCGCGAUUCAUCUUCCAUUAUGACACGCAGUAUUCUACAAUGUCAGACGAGGGCCGUCUCGGACCAGCACACAUCGAAGCAACACUGACGUUGUACCUUGAACUCCUCCAGAUCUGGACUGAGCAGCUCAAGCAGAAGGCCGUGGCUAAUUCUCCCGAAGCAAGAGAUCGUGCCGGCGCCAGUUCUGCCAGGGCGCUCCAAAUGGAGAUUACAAACGUCCAUUCUCAUGUGGAUGAGAUCGAGGCCUAUGGUCUGUUCUUCCUGUGUUCCCAGUCUCGCCGCGUACGAUCGUAUGCGAUCAAAGUCCUGCGACUAGUAUCUCAAUUCGACAACGUUCUCGGAAAGGAAGAACCUUCAAGGAUCAUCAAGCUGCUGGAAAAUCAAUCUUCCAAGAUCCUGGAUCUGCAGGAGAAUUCUCUCAAUGUUGCGGAGCGAAGCCGCCUACAGAAAGACAAGCGAGGUAGCUCUGGACAAAGCACGUUGAUUGAGAUCUGCAGUUCAGAAGUGUCAUACGACUCAACGCUCUGGUACAAGGCAUUUCCUAACCUGAUCCGGGUCGUUUUCGAUGCAUGUCCGAAUGCCAUUGCUCUGUGCCGUGGGACGGUGACCGACCGGCUGGUCAUGAUGCAGAACGACGUGGAUGGAUUUUCCGAGACUACUCCAGGAAACCCGGCGCCGUUUGAAUAUCGUAUACAAGGACGCAGCUCGGCCACGUCGGCGGAAGUGUUCUUCGAGCAGUGGAAAUUAUAUCUGAUAAUGGCCUGUGUCACACUCAGUUCUCCCGGCGCGCAAUCGCAGAGUCAACUGGCCGAUGCCGCUCAUGCUCGAAAGACUUCUAAAGGGGCCACUCCAGCCCAGGACAAGCUGAGCUCGGCCCGAGCCUUGUUCUCUGCCAUCAUCCCGAUGCUUGGAGCAGGGCCUGAUGCCAUUCGUGACGCUGUGGUCUCGGCUCUUGCGUCUAUCAACCGCAAAUUAUAUCGAACGCUGCUCGAAUCGCUUCAAUAUGCGGUUAUCAAGUGCAACGACGAGGCCAAGGCUAGGAUCAACCACCAACGUACCCCCAGUAACCCACAGCGCUCUCAGCAGACAGAACGGCUGCGAACGGAAGUGACGCAUGUUUACAAGCUUACCGCUUCUUUCCUCCGCCACGAAGAUAUUUAUUGCGAUGAGUGGAUUCUGACCAAUCUGGUCAACUACACCCGCGAUCUGCGUAUCUUCUUGAGCGACACCGAUGUGCAGAAUGACUGGCGGUUCCAGAAACUGCGGUAUCAUUUCUGUGGUCUCGUGGAAGAAGUCUUCGAGGGUGUCAAUAGAACCAAGGCACCCUCCCGGUGGAUGCCAUUCGAGUCGCGCAAAUCGGCAUUUGCCUUGAUGGAGGACUGGUGCGGCUAUAGUCCCGAACAAAAUCUUUUUGAUCCUCAUCAUGGACAUGGCGGAGACAUACAAGAGCGUAUGAACGCCAGUGCUGCAACGGAGAAAGAGAAGAACAAUCUGCGGGUGGCUGCUUUGAGUGCAAUGGCGACCCUCUGUGCCGGUCCGAUCAGCAUCAAAACCGACAGCAAUGCCAUCCUGUCCUUCAACCUCCAGCGGAUGCUUUCGUGGAUAGACUCCAUCUUCGCCACCCACAACCACCGAAUGCACACGAUCGGCCGACGGGCGCUCAAACUGUUGCUCAUCAACAACCCCGAGCACCUCGUCCUUGUUGAGCAUGCCAUAGAGCAGUGUUACAGGACGGAAUUCUCAAUGGCGCUGGAAAGUUACUUUGGGGUCGUCUGCGAGGUCUUGGUCCAGCAGCCAGACUAUCCUCUGCCCUUUUGGAAGAUCCUGAGCAUCAUUGUCCUCACGUUGGGCAAUGAAAACCGCGAGAUCAGGAUGAAAUCGGCCCAUAUCAUCCGCACGCUGGAUGAGCGGCAACAGAAGAGGUCCAAUCUGCAAGAAUUCGACAUUAGCAUUUCUGACAAGACACGAGCGGUGUACAAGUUGGCGCAAUUCGAGUAUUCGAAACGGCUGGCCAAUGCGAAUUCCGAUAUUGCUUUCAUGAUCUUCUCCGAGUUCUCCCUCCACUACAAGUCGGCGCGAAACGACCAUCAGCGCAACAUGGUGGUGGCUAUCUUGCCUUGGCUGCAGACUCUCGAACUUCAGGUCGAUCCUGUGACAGGCGGGCCAACCGCCGUCUCGCACAUGAUCCUGGCAAACAUGUUUGAGAUCACCAUCUGCUCUAGCAACGCCAUGCAUAACGAGGUGCAGGCUUUGUGGCAGGCCCUGGCCACCGGGCCGCAUGCCGGCAAUGUUCAGCUGAUCCUCGACUUCAUCAUCUAUCUGUCUCUGAACCGACGUGAGCAGAAUUUCGUGGAGUAUGCUAAACAGAUCGUCGUGUAUCUAUCCUCUACUCCUGCUGGCUCUCGAGUGUUGGAAUUCUUUAUGUUGCAGCUCGCGCCCAAGAACAUGGUCAACGACAGAAAGCACGCCGAUGUCGACGUGCCCGACACGAGACACUUACCGUAUGUUGCCGACCUGGGGUCGUUGUUGCCUAUGGGUAACAAGCAAGUCGGGCUGUCACUAGGCCAGGUAUCAUUAAUCUUCCUGGUUGAUUUGAUGGUGACGCCGGUGACUCUCGCCAAAGAAGAAGCGAUCAAGCUUGUGCAUGCAGUGCUAAUUCUCUGGGACCAUUACACAACUUCCGUCCAGGAACAAGCACGAGAGAUGUUGGUUCAUCUCAUCCAUGAGUUGGUGACAACCAAGAUCGAACCCCAGUCACUCAACGCCGCCAAAUCAAAGAUCGAAAGCCUCGUAGAGGCAGUCCGUACAAACAACCCUCGCGUCAGCUGGUCCUACGAUAAGAACACAAGAAAGGAUGAGGAUGAUGGAGGAAGCCGAGUCCCACCAGCAAUGGCUGUGCUGGCUGAACAAAUCGUGGGUAUCUUUGAUCUAGCGUUCGACAACUUCAGUGACAGUUGGGCGAAAGAAGCUCUUCACUGGGCGUCGAUUUGCCCCGUUCGACAUCUGGCUUGCCGGUCCUUCCAGGUCUUUCGCUGUAUCUCCGUCCGCUUGGACGCCAGGAUGCUUGCUGACAUGCUUGCUCGCUUGUCCAAUACCAUCGCGGACGAGCAUACCGACUAUCAGACCUUUUCGAUGGAGAUUUUGACCACGCUCAAGGUUGUCAUCUCCGCCCUCGAGCCCAAGAAUCUCAUGCGCUAUCCUCAACUGUUCUGGACGACAUGUGCCUGUCUCAACACCAUUCACGAAAGGGAAUUUUAUGAGACCUUGGGCAUGCUGGAGAAGUUCAUUGAGAAGCUUGAUUUGUCUGCUCCGGAGGUUACUGAAGCCAUGAUGAAAGGGCAGCCUGCAAAUUGGGAGGGUGGUUUCGACGGGCUGCAGUCGUUGCUCUACAAAGGCCUCAAGUCGGCUGACAGCUUGGAGAAGACCCUCUUGAUUCUCCACGAGCUUGCUGAACUGCCCAAUUGUCGACUGGUUGGUGAUGAAGCUCGCCUGCUCUACUGCAUUCUGGCAAAUCUGCCCGGCUUUUUGAGAAGCUUCGAUGUGGAUGCCGUUGACGCUUCGUCGCUAGCAUGCGCAGAAAGACUCGCGGCUGUGGCGGAUCUCGAGGGUCACAGCCUUUUGUCUACUUGUCUUCGUCGCUUCGCUAGCAAGGGCUUCACGAGCAGCCAGGAAAUGCUCACAGGCACCGUGGAGGCAUUGUCAGUGGCCUAUUUCCCAGCCUACGAUGCUCAGAGUCUGAUAUUUAUGAUGGGUCUGCUGACGAACAAGAUCCCCUGGUUCAGAGAGAAGGUGAUGGAUACCUUAUGCGUGUUGAUUCCUCUGGUGAACAUGAAAAGUCCAACAGUCACCGCACAUGGACCGGAUCUCAUCUCACCACUUCUCCGACUUUUGCAGACGGAGCAUUGUACCCAGGCACUUGAGGUUCUGGACUACAUCAUGGAAGUGGCAGUCACGCCUAUGGAAAAACACCACAUGCGCAUGAGUAUGGCCUCGGGCACGGCAAAGGCCAUUCGGAAGGAAUAUGAACGCACAGAGAGUCUCUACGGCAUACCGCUGGCGUCAGGAUGGUCGAUUCCCAUGCCGGCAGUUUAUUCGAGCAUGACUCGACGGAACGUCCAUGCCGUAUUCUAUACAUGCGGAGAGUCUGACGCGCUAAAGGAUCAAGAGAAAGCCACUCCUGAAGUCGAGUUUCAAGGAGAUGAUGGCUAUAAUGAUUCUUAUAUACCGCCCCAGAGUCGGGCAGAGACCAUGCGAUCCAUGGAGGCUGCAGCAGACACCAAUGUCAGUGAUCUGGUAAAUACCCUGGACAGUCUGGACGAUUUCUUCGACGACCUUGAUGGUGACAAUGUCCUUACGCCGACCGGAAGCAACCAGUUCGGGCCUUCAACGAUGUCGAUCCCUACUCUUACAGAGCAGAGCACUGCCGUCUAUGAUGAACACACUGCCCCCAUCCUCCGCCAAAGCCUUGCCCGGACUUCCUCUCUUGCUCAUAUGCAAGAUGGACUGACUGAACCUGGACCACUCCAGGGAGUCUACCCUCGGCCGCAACCAGGCUUCAUGUCGCCCAGUUCCGGCGGAACGGCGCAAUCAUCUUUCUCGUCCAUUGAUGAGCUUGGUGGACCAGGUCCGUCAAUGCCCAACUCGACCAAGAAGCCGUUUGUCCAGACUGCGUCGACUCCAGUCAGUCAACCCAGACCUGGGUUGCAUGCUAGAUCCAUCACAUCGCCGGCGAACCAGUUUCCAGCCUCUCAGCCCUCACUCAAUGCGUUUGUGGCUAUGCCUCAAGGCACUUCGUUUAGAUCUCAGGAUGAGUAUGCGGAUCAAUAUGACGAUGCCCUACACUCCGAUGGGGAGAACAGCCCUUUUCCCACUCUUAGUGUCGCCGCACCCGUUCACAGCAAGAUCCCAGCAGGCCCGGGCCUCUCGGAAUACCAGACCACGCCUAGCUUUGCUGCGGAGAGUGGAGGCGCCUUCAGUCUACAAGGCAUGCGGCGAGGCAUGCGGCGUCUAACUGGUGGAAAGAGUGAAAGUCACCGGGAGAAGGAGAGAUCGAAAGAUACGUCACGGUUGCGACGUCAAUCAGGAGGCAACAAUCCGGUUCCAGGCGCCAUAUUGAGUCCAAAGGUCCCCAAGGUACCUGUGGAAUACCUUAAUGCCGGCAGUGUCACCGGACCGAGUCCAACAACCAGUCCAGGACUAUGA